AUGCCAGUUUAUAAAAUUUAUAGUAAUAAAGAUUAGCUAACGUAUGGAUUGUCAUUCUUAUUUUGGGGCAUCAUAGCGUUUGUAGAGAUUGGAGCUUAUGAGGAUACUAUUUCGCUCACAAUAACUCAAUUCCUUAUCACCUCUUUAUUGACUAUACUAGCCAUUGGAUCCCAGUAGGAAAAAUUCAAGCCAGAGACACUAAUCAAGUUUGAUGCACUUCUUCAUCGUAUUUUAAAAUUGCAAUAAUAUCAUUUAUAUAGAUGGUUCUUCCUAACUUAAGCAGAUGCAUUUAUCAUUUACAUUUAUAACUUUGCUCUAAGUUAUUAAUAAGAGGAUGACAAGUAAUCUGUUGAGAUAUCACAAUAAAAAUUCGUUGGGUUGUCAUUGUUUAUCAUUGGAUACUUCCUUGAUUUGAUUUUCGGAGGAGCCCUCAGAUUUACGUCCCUCUGCCUUGUUCUCUAUGGAUUAUCUAUUGCUGAAACCCUAAUUCUGAAGUAUCAAAGACCUGAGGAUAAAUUGCAAAAGCAAGCCUCAUUUAAUUUUGAGCAUAAUGAAACUAAACUGAUGUUUGCAAAGGCUAAAUUCAUGUUUUCAAGUGUAGUUGGAGUGUUGUAUACUUUUCUCGAAGGACUACUCUUCUUAAUCAGAACUCCUGUUUUAGUUUAGACUGAAGCAUCAAAUCCAAGCAAGUCCUUCAUUCUUUUCAUGGUACUUGCAAUUUUCACUCUCUUGAGAGACAGAUUUGAAAAGUACAUUAACAAUAAGACAUAACAAAAUAGCAAUCUUUUGGGCAGAUCUCUAUUCUUGCCAUUAGUCUUUUUAUGCUUCUCAGUAUUUAUGUUGAACAAACUGCCAGCAUUAUAAUUCUUCUUGCACUUAAUAUUUUUAGUAAGCUAUGCCUAUUUCUUCAUGGAAGACUUCAAACAAAUGCUUGGACUUGACUAGCAACUGUCAGUAUCAUCUUAAUUUAACAAGGAUAGUUUGAUAUAUGAUUUUGUUAUGACUUGCUACGAAAAUAAUGAUUCAAGAAAAAUUGCCACAUUUUUCUUGAUUAACCUACUAUUCAUGUUUGUUGAAUUGAUCUACGGAUACAUGUCUAAUAGUCUUGGACUUAUUACUGAUUCUUUCCAUAUGCUAUUUGAUUGCAUGGCUUUGUUCAUUGGAUUGUGUGCUUCUUAUAUAUCAAAGAUGGGAGUAGACAACAAAUAUACUUAUGGCUAUGGCAGAGUAGAAACUCUGAGUGGACUUUUCAAUGGAAUUUUCUUAGUAUUCAUUGCUUUUAACGUGUUUUGCGAAAGUAUUGAGAGAAUUUACGAGCCUCAAAUGAUAGAAACUGAUGGGUUAUUAACUGUUUCAACUCUCGGUUUUUGUGUUAACCUCAUCGGACUAUUCUUUUUCCAUGAUCACCAUGACCAUGGACAUGAUCAUGCUGGCCAUAGUCACGAUCAUGAAAAUGAAAAUAUGUAUGGAGUAUUUUUACAUGUUUUGGCAGAUACUCUAGGAAGUGUAGGUGUUAUUUUUUCAAGCAUACUUGUCAAGUACUAUAAUAUGUAUGUUGCAGAUCCAAUUUGUUCUUUCAUUAUUUCUUUGAUGAUUCUUGCUAGUGGAGUACCUUUUAUUUAAAUGACAGCUAGCAAUUUGAUUUUAAAAACUCCUGCAGUUAUCAAAAAGAAGAAGGUGAGAGUUGAAGAAACUAUUAUAAAAAUUGAGGGAGUUAAGGAAAUUAAAGAGCUUUUGAUAUGGGAAAUGGCAAAAAAGAAAUAUGUUGCAACUGUAGAUCUGUUAGUAAGUCAAAAUGCAAACAGAUCUAUGAUUCAUGACGAAGUAUCAACAGUGCUUAGAGGAAUUAAAUGCAAGAAUAUCACAGUUCAAAUGAGUGGACCAAUAGUUCCUGUGAUCGAUACUUUUAUAACAGAUCAUAAACAUUCAACACAAAAAAUCCUUACAAAUACAGAGGAAGACCUUUACUAAGAUGUCGUUCUUAAUUAGGACAUAAACUAUGAUCAUAAUCACGGAAGUAAUUCAGAAUAGCAUAAAAUUGAGCAAGAUUUAGUCGUAAACACUGGCACAACACCAGAUAAGAAAACGAAGAAAAAAGCUCACAAUCACACUGAAGAACGCAAACCUGAAGUAGAAGAGAAUCUUGUGGCCACAGUAAGUGAGUAGCUAGGUCUUAAUAAGAGUAAAACACAUAAAGACUGA